AGGCGGGCCCGCGGGGCGAGAGCGCUGUGGGCCGUGGCCGGGUCCGCGGGAGUGUUGUUGUGUUCCGAGGCACUGUGGAAGCGGCAGGACCGCGAGCAGCCUAGUGUCCGGCACCGCCAUGGCUGGAGCGCUGGUGCGGAAAGCGGCGGACUAUGUUCGGAGCAAGGAAUUCCGGGAAUACCUCAUGAGCACGCAUUUCUGGGGCCCAGUAGCCAACUGGGGUCUCCCCAUUGCUGCCAUCAAUGACAUGAAGAAGUCUCCAGAGAUUAUCAGUGGGCGAAUGACGUUCGCCCUCUGUUGCUAUUCUUUGACAUUCAUGAGAUUCGCCUACAAGGUUCAGCCUCGAAACUGGCUUCUGUUUGCUUGCCACGCAACAAAUGAAGUAGCCCAGCUCAUUCAGGGAGGACGGCUUAUCAACUACAAGAUGGCUAAGCAGGCCUCUGCGUAGCUCUUGCAGGGACAGCGCUCAAGUCACUGCUGCAAGUCACAGAUCCCCCAGUGUAAAUGGUCUCACAAAAGAGAAAGCACAGAAUGCUGUUUUUCUUACCGCACGAUUUUUACAAAGCUAGCUGGUUGAGUCCCUCAACCAGCUUUCUGCUGCCUUUCCAGUGCUGAAUGUGUUACUUCUCUUCAGAGAGUAGCUCAAAGUAUGCAACUGAUUUAAUAACUUCCAUUGAGGGUUUUAUCUGCAGUAAUAUGUAGACUGUCCACUGGGAUUUGCCUAAUAUGAACCGAAGAGAGCAAAAUUGUGUAACUACUCACAUUUCAGUACUUAGAAUCCUUGACUUUAAUGGCCAUAAGAUAUCCAAAAGCUGACCACGCACCUAAAAUUUGACUUCCAGUGUUGAAAAAGGAUCUGUUUUUCCAUGCAGUGUGUACAUUGAGGUGCUGUAACUUCAUGGCAAUAAAUGAUUUAAAUAUUUGUUAUAUGAGAAUGAUUAAGUAUCUUGCUGUAUUUGUUAGGAAAUUGGAGAAUUGUUUAUCUGAAAAGACAAUUAUAGGUGUAAUAUAAUAGAACUCCUUGGAAACUGUUAAGAUGGCUCAAGGAAGUGAUAAGCUGGAGGGUGAGUUCUUCUGGAAAGCUCAUGGCCCCUCUGUUGAGAUGCAUGUGCCCUGAGUCACCACCUGUCUUCUCUCUUUGGGCCUCACAGUCAUGUGAAACAGGUAAACCUUCUAUGGCGGGGGGUUGGGGGAGAUGACACUUUAUGGGGUGCAGAAGCUGCAAGACACCUGGUGCUUGGAGGGCCAGGGUUGCCAAGCUGUAUCUUGAGGCCAUGGCCAGACAGACUGAGAAUAGUGCCAACCCAUGGCUCCCUCAGGCUCAUCUUCCAUAUUUACUUAAGGUAGGCCCACACCUGGUAGAUAUUAACGGAGCCAGCACUAGGAGACAUGAUUGUUUCAUUAAGUUUAUCAAUUCCCUCUGCUUUAUUUGUUAUACAAAGUACACAGACACAAGCAAGUAUAACACAUGCAACCCGUAGGCUGCCUCUGCCUGGCCAGUCCCUUCAGUUAGCCACUGUGAGGUUUUGUGGCUGUGAAUCUUCCUCUUCCUUUCAAAAUAUUGGGAAAGUUCCCAUCCUGCCAGUCUUACGUACUGAGUAAGGAGCACAGGGAUUUUGCACACCUCCAUCCAGAAGAUUCGCCAGGUCCCGAAGGGUGGCCAAGGAAGUGAGCCCAGCUGGGAGCAUAGAGCAGCAGACACUGCAGCAAGUGAUGUUAGGAAAGGUCCCUGAGAAAACUGAGUCAAUAGUUCAGUCCAGUGAAGGUUUCUUCAAAACCAGAAGAGAAAAUAAGAGACAAAGGCCAGUCAGGUGACUGCCACAGGCAGAGACUUCUUCCAGUAAGAGCAUUCAGUGUGGGAAUGUAGGAGGCAGCUGCUCAAGGGCCAGAGGGAGCCACAGCAGGCCUGUGCAGCUUGAAGAAAGUGACAGCCUGGGCUCACAGAGGGUGUCAGGAAGCUCUCCACUGUCAUACUUACUGUAUAGCUGAGUGCUUCAAAAACACCUGCAAGGAUGUAAGAUGAGCGGCUGAGGUGGUGGGAAGGGUGGACUUCCUGUUGGGAUCUGAUUCCUGAUUUCCCAUAGCACAGACCAGUCAUGAGGAGCUGUGUUCCACAGAUUUUAUAAGAGCCUGGUUAAAUUCACCAUUAUCUACUGUUAGCAACAUUGACUCUUAGAACCACUGGGAAUUCAGGUUUCAAGCAGUGACUUUACAAGAGCAAGCUGGCCAGUUAUUUAGUGCCCUGGAUGUUGAGACCAAAGUCUUCCUGGGCAAUGCUGACUCCCCAGCCCUGGGAAGUGCCUGCCACUCCUUUAUUCCAGGAACUCCUCCAGCUUUGCCGUCUAAACCUGUCCCCAAGGGAGCAGUGUGCAUGGCAGUGUUCAGUCUUAAGGACAGGAAUCCAGAUCCAGAUCUGCCUCUUCAGUGUGGCCCAUCCACCUUAGCAUCUUGGCCUAUGUUGUUAGAAAAUACCAGGAGCAAUGUCAGCACGUUCCUGUAAGAAAGUCGGCCUUAAAGUAAUGAUGGCUGCAGAACAAAAUUGUGUAAACCAACGUCUAGGUGAUACAAGACCAGCUUACUUUCAAAUUCAAAGCCCAAUGACAUAUAUUCCAAAUUUUAAAUCACCACGUAUAAUGUUCUCUCAGAAUGAUUCUAAAAAUGUUUUUUGUUUCAAGUAACAACAUACACAGCUUGAAGACUCAGAUGAGUUCCAAGAUGACUUUGGUACGAGUUGUCAGUACUCAAGUGCCAAGCUAGUCUCUGCUUUAGUGGUAUUGCAUUUCCUUGUUAAACAAACUUGGAGGUGACAAUUGGGAAGCCCUUCCUGCAAAACUAAGAAUCUCCAACCUACUCCAUGUGAGUCCUGGCCCCCAUGGGUGGCUCCACUUAGCCAAGUGCACAGCUCGAGCUGCCAGUGGGAGGAAAUGGUGACUCAGUGGGCUUUUGUUUUGUAAUUCUCUGACAGCAGCUGGCUUAAUGUCACAUCCCUCAGUUUUCUCAGUCCUCUUCCCACACUCUGUGUAGUCAUAACUCUGUUCUGCCACUCUGAACCUCAAGUUGGGCACAAUUACUUUUUUUUGUCUUUUUACAUUUUUGUCUUGGAUUUCUUACUUAGUAUGAAGACUUUACAGACAGUAAUGAUAAACACAGGUUGGUGAAAUACCUGAGGACACUGACAUUGUGUCCGAGCACUGAGAAGAUGUCUGAUAGCCUCCAAAUAACCACUUGAGUUAAGGUCUAGAAGAAAAGGGAGCACCCAGACCACAGCCUCACAAGCAAACAGCAAACAGCUCUGACAACGGCCCUGGCAGGCUCCUGUCCUUGGGGACUGAGAUUGCUGAGGCACGGAGGUCCAGGAUGCUGUAGAUGUCUAUGGAAAGGAGUCCUCAAGGUUAGAGCGGCACAAUCUUCCUGGUUUCCCUCUGAGGUACGUUGAGGACUGACCUAAGCCAGUUUGGUACAUAGGACACUGGAUUUUGCUUUGACUUGUGAAGGUAACAGUGACCACAGAGGGUUGGUGGCUCCUUGCCCACUUCAUUGUGAAAGCCAGCUGCAGGUCAAAAGCCACCUUUCUAUAGACAUGCGUCAGCCAGUGUGUGCAGGCACAAAACCUUACUCUUCUCUGUUUCAGGUGAACUGCAGCUCUUCCAGUCAGGGGCUCCGGGACAACAAUCCAGCAGAGGCACAAGUGACAAGGUUCCAGCCACCCCUAGUAAUCCCCAGCUGACAUAAGAGUUCCGCCAGGUGGGGUGUGGGGGUGGUUAUCAGGUGGCCUCUGUCCAGUCGGGGUCUAUCCAUUAACUAUAUCCAUCCACUUACAAUCACGGGUCCCUCUCAACAGUGGAUGCAGGCACGGUAUGACCGAAGGAUCUGGUGCCAUGGCUGUACUAGCUAUAAUAAUUAUUUUGAAUAUUUUUUUCUGUUUUAGGCAUGGUAAUCGAACUGUGAAUAUUCAUAGAUUUAAUGUGCUGCUACCAACUAUGAUUAUUAUGAUUAUUUUAGGGAGUGUUCAAAUGUCAUGCUUUUGGCCCCUGGGAGCCCCUUUAGAGAUAACCUUUGACACCAUCUCAUUAAGCGUGAGAGCUUCUGUGUUUUCAGGCACAAGAAGCCUCCUGUUCCCCUGCUCCUUCCUUGCUCCUGGCUUGGAAGAGACCUUCCACCAAGGAGUUCCAGUUAAGAGGAGUGGGGUUCAUAGCCACUCAUACUGCCAAGGGACACUGCUUCUUCGCCAUUUCAGUAGACACCAAAUUUAGUUUUUCUUUAAAAAAAGAACUAAGUUCCUGUUGAUAUUUCCACUUCAAUUCUAGUAUGGCAUUUCUGCUUCAUCUCUGGUUUUAUAACUGAAUCUCUUUCCUCAGACUGAAUGAAAUAAUUUCUGAUAAAACAGACAUUUCCUGCUUGUUUUACCCUAGAAAAAUAGCAUCACAAUAACAACACCAUUUCCCCAGACAGCGAAACUACUGUUUUUUCUUAGUUUUAUGCUUAGAACACAUCUCCUAAGCAUGUGGGUUCCAAGCAAACACUGAAUCCACUAAAAGUCGCCCUUUACUCUGCUAUGCAGCAUCCCCCAGUGCAGAGAGCAGCAUGAUGGUUUCUUUUCAUUUUCACUGUUCUUUUUAGAAAGUAGCACUUUGAGUCCCAGGGUUUGGAGGCCACCGUGCCAGUGAUCUUGGUGGUGACUUUAGGUCUGUAAGUGUUUCAAAUCUCUAUCCUGGUCAUUCUACCCCGGUGAGUUCUACUGCUCAGUCGAUUCUGCCUUUUACUAUUGAAUUUCUAGUGCUAUGAAACCUAGAUAUUUUAACUUUUUAAACUUGUCUUGAAAGAUUGUCUUGUGAAUUUUACCUUGUGCUCUUUUUGAGUUACAGCUUACAUCCAACCUUUCUAAACGCCAAAUUAUGUAAUUUCACACCAACGUGUACAGUGUAUAAAUUCAAAUAAUUCUCUUUGUUAACUUUCUCUUGACCUUGCAUGAGUUUGUGUUUAAUUUUCCUAUAGGGGAUUUUAAUUAGGUAUAAAGUAUUUUAAAUGCCAUAUGAAAAGCAAAGGUGACACAUGUAAACCCAAGCCCUUUAGGGUUUUGUCUAUAAUCCUCUCUUCACUAAGAAGUCAAAUUGUUUUGUUUAUGUACUUUCUUUUUGUUUCCACUUUUUUUUAUUGUUGUGCUGAGGGAACAUUCUGACAUUUACAGAAGUUCUUACAAUAUAUAUUAUAAUUGAAUUCACCCCCUUGUUUAUGUACUCUUGAACACAACUAAAUACCCUUCAAAUGACAAUUCUGGAAAAAACUUCCCUGGUCGGUGUGUCCUGGAGUAAGGUUCCAUCCCAAGACAUAGGAGCAGCUACUGACUCCCCUGGUGACCCUGUGGAGGAGCCUUCCGAAAGUAGCACACACCACACAUCAAAACAGUUGCCUUAGGAUCAGUCAACACAAGGAACGUGUCUAAACCACAGUGGGCAGCUCACUGUGAAGCACUGUUGUUGGUCAGAGCCUUCUGGAACCCUGCUGGUUGUGUGCCUAACACCAUGGAUCCUUCUCAUGUGCAUUUAUUGGUACCCAGGCCUAUACAACCCAGGAAGGUUUAAGAUUGCUUUGGCCCAAAUGGGGACAUUUCAAAAUUCCCAAAUUAGUUUAUUUGCACACAUAAUUGGAAAAGGCAGGUUUUAGAACCAUGUAAAUGAGAGACUUAUUUUCAACUGUACUGAGAAGCUUCUAAAUACAACUCAGAUUAAGACUGCCUCUGUCCAAGCAGUAAGUCAGAAACCAAAGCCUGCCUCUGAGCUGAAAUCAGCUAUUGCCUCCCUGUGCCCUCAGCAACUCUAUGCCUGGUGUAAAGAAGGGUAUGCUGAGGGGAAAGAAGGUAGGACAGAGAGGGAGAGGACAAGUGUCAAAGACUUGAGGAAGUUAUAAAUAAAAGGCUUCUUGUUCAUGCAGUGCUGGCGUUCAAAGCC